GCGUUCUACCGCAAGUGCAAGUCGACGCACAUCCAGCUGCUGCACUGCUGCUCCAGGAUGACGUGGGCAGGCUCGAGGCCGAGGAGCAGGACCGCCGCGGCUCGUGCAUUCCUGUGGGCAAGACGCCCCGGCCCCAACGAGGCCGUCGUCAACGUCGGCUACUGCUUCCAGCGUCGGACCAACGACACCCUCCGCUCCGUCGGCCACCGCGUCCGCGCCCCGGCCGGUAAGACCAAGGGCGAGCUGCUCGACUCCCUAUACCGUAAUCACCGCCUACUUUGGAAGCCCAGAUGAGACCAGCAGGUAGAUAGCUUAGCAUG